UGUUGUCAGUUGCCACCCAAGACGUGAUUCAGCUCCAACAAUUCCCAUUAUCUGUUUCCCAGUUUGACGAUACGGGACGAAUCUGUAAUGAUGACGAGUGUUUCCUUCGAUCAUUGUUGACGUUUUUUUUCUUCUUCUUCUUCGGCACCUACCAUCAUUGGGUGACAACACCCCGGCCAUUCAGGUACUCAUCGGUGGGAGGGGUCUUUAUAAACGACAGCCUUGUGUUUGCAGCUUAUGGAGUGCUGUUUGUGUAAACACUGAGCCCAGUGCACACAUUGGUUUCCGAGUCGGUGUUUGGACUGCGCGUAAAGUGAAGAGGAUCCGUUGCUUUUUUCUCCUCCUCCUUGGAUAAAUCUAUCCUAAUUCUAACGCAAAACAAACCUAGGACUGCACACUCGGACGCGAUGGCCACCCCGACCAAGUUCAGUUUUUCCGUCAGGAGCAUCCUGGAUUUGCCAGAGCGGGAUGCGGAGGCAGCGUCGCGGUCCUCCCCGCGUUACUCCACCUGCUCCUCCAGCUCGCCAUACAACUCCUGGAUGGACUGCGACCGGAGUCCUUGCAUAUCUUCUGACGAAGGUAGCCUCGAUGCCUCCCCCGACUCCACCAAGCCGGAUGAUUCGUCUCUGGACUCAGAGCCCGACAAGAGCAAGAAGAGUAAGAAGCGUCGGGUUCUGUUCUCCAAGACCCAGACCCUGGAGCUGGAGAGGCGCUUCCGCCAGCAGCGCUACCUGUCCGGCCCGGAGAGGGAGCAGCUGGCCCGGAUCCUGAGUUUGACCCCGACCCAGGUUAAGAUCUGGUUUCAGAACCACCGCUACAAGAUGAAGAGAGGCCGGGCAGAGGGGUUGCUGCACGACUUGGAGAUACCGCAGCCUCCGGUGCUGCGCCGGGUCGUUGUUCCGAUCUUAGUCCGGGAUGGUAAACCUUUUCACACCUGCUUACUUGACACGGAGAAAGCGGGCUGCUUGCCUUCCUCUCAAGCGAUCCACUUCCCCUUAGCCUACCCGUCUCUUCAGCACCCGUCCGCCGUAGCUCUUCCUCCAAGGUACCACCAGCACUUUCCCACCGCGGCGGCCUCCAGAUACGCUUGGAGAGACUUUUGGAGCGACUCGGUCCACUUUAGUUCUUUCAAAUGAACUCAUUUCAAUGCACAAACUCAUUUAGAAUUGCAUCAAAUGUUUUCUGAAUGUUUUUGCCAAUUUUCGAGCAACUUACAUUUUUUAGUUUUCACUGUAAAACGAUGGAUAUUUUGCACAUUUUAUUUUGAUAAUUUACUAUUUUUACAAAUGCUGGUAAUAUUUUCUCAAAUUCGGGCUUAUUGGUGUAGCCUGUAGGUUUUUAAUUAUACCAUGUGAUGAAGUAUUUGUAAUAGAAAUUGUUACACAAUAAUUGUAUACGUGAUGUAUAGGCUUUAGGCCUAUAAGAAGCCACAAUUAGCCUGAAUGUUUGAAGGAAAAAUGAUGUUAUUUGUUGUCUGU